UCCGGCAGCCACCGCCCCACAGCCCCGCCGGCUCCUAACGCCCGGAAACAGCGGCCCCGCGGCUUCCCCCGCGCAGACAUGAGCGGGCUGGGGGCCGCCGCGGAGCCGCCGAGCUGGCUGCGGGGCAGCAGAGAGGUCUUUCCUCCGGAGGAGCCGGGAGCCGCCGCACCUGUGGGGUUCCUACAGCAGCUGCCCAGCUACCAGUCGGCGCUGAGGCGGCGGAACGCGCCCGGCGCUGGCACCCAGGGACGGCGGGCGGCCCAGCAGGGCUCUUGGGGGCGCCGUGGGGCUGAGGCCCGGGGGCCGGAGCAGGAUGGGGGCGAACGGGAGGCUCGUCCUGCGAGGGAGUACCCCCUGAGUAUCGCGGAGAAGCGGAGACUGAGGGUGUUGCAGCAGGCUGAUACAAAAUAUUUAUCUGGGUGGAAGCAGUGGAAAAGAGCUAGCAAUAAAUCAUUGAAAAAAGCUCUCAAUGAAGUGAAGGAGUUGACAUCUUACCUGGAGCUUUGGCGACAUGAUAUUCACAGCAUAGAAGGGAAAUUUGGCACUGGCAUCCAGUCCUACUUCUCCUUCCUGCGUUUUCUGGUCCUGCUGAAUUUUAUAAUGUUUAUCCUGAUGUUCAGUUUUGUUACCUUUCCCAGCAUCAUUUCCAAAUAUGGAAUAUUCAACAGUACCUUUGCUAAUAUUCCUCCACAGAACACAGAGCCUCACUGCACAGUUUAUACACCUAGUGGUAAUAAGGGACUAGUUUACUUCUAUACUUACCUCAAAGAUUUGCUCAGUGGCACUGGGUUCCUUGAAGUGACAAGUUUGUUUUAUGGCUAUUACACAAUACAUACUGCAUGGUUCAGUAACCUCAGCUACAAUUUGCCACUAGCAUAUCUGUUGGCUACAUUUGCCUACCUUGCAUUAAGUUUCAUCUGGAUAAUAAAAAGGUCUGUUGAAGGAUUUAAGCAGAACUUGGUGCAUGGUGAAGAUCAAUUUCAGAGUUACUGUAACAAGGUCUUUGCAGGCUGGGACUUCUGCAUUACAGAUCCAAAUGCAGCACGGCUAAAACAUCGCAACUUGCAGUAUGAGCUCCAAACAGACUUGGAGGAGGAAAGGCUGAAGCGAAAAAUAGCUGACAGAACAGUGAAAGAAAAGCUACGCAUCUACUCUCUGAGAAUAUUUAUAAAUAUAAUUGUCAUUGCAGUUUUAUCAGGAUGUUUUUACUCUAUUUAUAGAGCAACUGUCUUCUCUCAAGAAAACUCCAGUGACAUCAGCAAUACGAACUUCCAGGCUAACCUCUUAGUGCAGUAUUUGCCUUCCAUAGUAAUCACAUUGGCCAACUUCAUUGCUCCUCAGAUCUUCUCAUUUCUGAUCACAUUUGAAGGUUAUUCACCGGCCUUUGAAAUCAAGCUGACACUCAUGAGGUGUGUCUUCGUGCGGUUGGCCAAUAUUGGUGUUCUCUUGUUCUCACUGUGGAGUCAGAUCUACUGUGCCACCGAUGAGUGUAAGGCCUGUGGAUACAAUUACAAACUCUAUCCUUGCUGGGAAACUGAAGUUGGGCAAGAAAUGUAUAAACUGACAAUAUUUGAUUUUAUGAUAAUUCUUGCUGUGACCCUGUUCGUGGGCUUUCCUAGAAAGUUGUUAGUUACUCAUUGGUCUUGCAAGCUAGUUCAGUGGUAUGGAUUGCAGGAAUUUAGCAUUUCUGACAAUGUCCUGGAAAUUAUUUAUGGGCAAACUAUCUGCUGGAUUGGAACCUUUUUUUCACCACUUCUCCCUGCAAUAGCAACUAUAAAGUACUUCAUCAUCUUUUACAUUAAAAAGAUCAGUUUGAUACACACAUGUAAACCUGCAGCCAGACCUAUCAGAGCAUCAAGUUCCAACUUUUUCUUCUUGCUGGUGCUGCUGAUAGGGCUCAUCUUGUCUUUUAUUCCUUUGGCAAUCAGCAUAGCACAUAUCCCCUCCUCCAAGGCAUGUGGGCCAUUCAGGAGUUUUAACACUUCAUGGGAAGUUGUUCCAGAUACAGUACUUGGGUUUCCAACAGGUCUGCAGCAGGUCCUUUAUGGUGUAGCAUCAGAAGCCUUUGCAGUGCCUUUCUUUGUGGUCAUUUGCAUCAUUAUGUUCUAUUUUAUGGCCUUGGCUGGAGCACACAAACGAGUGGUUGAGCAGCUGAGGGAGCAGCUGGUUCUGGCGAGUCGUGACAAGCUGUUCUUAAUCAGGAAGAUAACAGAAGCUCAGAGGCAUCCUUGAAAACCACACAAAGCCAGAAGAACUUGACUUCUCCAAACUCACAGAACCAUUAGAUAAGAGUAGAAGCACCUGCAGUACCUGAAAACUGGGCAGCUGACUGCACCCUGGCAUUGUGGUCUAUCUAAUGGACACCUGUGGUCUUAGUUUUGAUUGUUCUAGUGGGCCUUAAAGUUUCCAAGACUGAAAAUGUAGCUAGUAUAUACUGUGCUAGACCUCGCAAAAAAUUGUAUGGUAGAACACUAUUGCUGCUACAAUGUCAGGGGUGUUGGGGUUUAAUAAGUCGCUAUUUUUUCAGGGGUUUUGGGUAAAAUGUGAUUAGAACUGAAACUCUGUUUAAGAAUUUUCUACUGUUUCUACAAAUUAGGCCUUAAGAAGAGGGAGGAGGAAGAAGGUGUGGUUUUACAUGAUUCUAACUCACUUCUCUUGAAACCAAAGCAAAAGAGAGACUUAUGUCACUACUUCAGAAUACUGCAUGGAAGAACAUAUGGUGUGUGUUUGAAGUCGUAUUUCUAAAUAUUUUCAGAGGAGAGACUUUGGUAUUUAUUUUGCUCUGAAAUAGCAAGUGCAGUUGAACACUGGAUAAUUUCACACAAGGGGUCAGAGAAAACAGCUGAUAAAAGGACUCUGAAUAAACACUGGGAAUUGGAAGAGAUCACCAUGCAGGCCAGCAAGUGGGGAGAGCCAUUGCCUGGUACCAGCCUCACUGCUGUGGAGUGCCUUUUUUGUUGUUUCAGUGUGUUAAGGUGUUGUUACUUGUAUUUUAUUCUUGUACAAACGUCCUGACUACUGUUCUCUUUGUUCUAAAAUGUGAAUAAUGAGAGAUAAGUUAUAGUUUGGAAAUACAGCCUUCAGAAACUUAUGUGUCAUUACCCUUCAAAUUCACAUUUCUUCUCACUAAAAUGAACUACAGGAGCUGUGUGGUUUUGGGAGAGCAGUGUUUCCAAGUAGACCACUACCUUUCCUUUAUUUAUAGAUUGUGGACUUUCUGUGCAGGGUUGUGUUCAAGAUUUGAAAUUUGCAGUAGUACACUGUUAGUUAAUACGUGAGAGACUGUUCUUUUUAUAACAUGUGUUGGAAUGUUUUCUGUCCUCAUUUUCAAGAAAUUACAUUGUAAAACAGUAAUUUA